CACAAACCCUCGCACAGUGGCCGUGCAUUUAUAAUCAGGCUACUUUACGCGCACAAAGCACAGACGGAGGCUAGCGUUAAAUUAGGUAUCCUUGUGCGACUGCUUUCGCUGCCUGCGCAGAGUCGACCCACUGUUGCCUUCUCCGUACUCGUCUUCUCUUUUCUCAUUCGGUAAGACUUCUAUCUGAGCUCUCCUCCCGGACAACCUGUUCGUUAUAGUAGUUAUUACCAAAAGCUCACAACAAGUUUCCAAAGCAUUAAUAAUGCCAGCCAAUCCUCAGAUCCAUGCCACAGGGCUACCGGAUGGCAGAGAACUGAAAAUGGACUUUCUCGAAUCCUCUUUUUUCAAGAACAACGGACCUAACCGAUGCUUGCCAAUGCCGGCAGAGGUUCGAGCCUUGUCAGGCACAAACCAGGCGAUGCCUCAACCACUUCCUGUGAUAUUUGAGCAUAUUAAUCUCAUUGUCAAGUUCGGUCCUCAUGUUGCAAUUGCUGAAGCGCAAUGUCUUUGGGUGAUUAAAAGAGUACUUUGUGACGAAGUUCCUGUGCCAGAGGUCUAUGGCUGGCGGGUUGAUGGGCGUGAUGUGUUCAUAUAUAUGCAGUAUGUACGAGGGGAGAGACUGAAAGAUCGCUGGGAUUCUCUGAGUAUCGCCGAUAAAACCUCUGUUUGCGAUCAAAUACGCGAGAUUACGACAUCUUUGCGGCAAGUCGAGCAAGACCCAAAUGAUUCGUUCAUUGGGUCUAUCAAUCGCCAACAUCUCUUAGACAUUGUGUUUGAAGGCCACCCUCCAGGCGGACCCUUCGCUACUGUCAAGCAGUUCAAUGAUUGGUUUUCUCGACUGCCUUGGCUUCGGUUUCCCAACUCGGAAGAUAUCCAGGAUCCUUAUAGAACGUUCUUGCCAGAUACAGGAACUAUCAAGCUAACCAUGGGGACCUACACCAAGGCAACAUUAUCGUCUCUUCAGCAGGGCCGCCACGUGUACAUGCGAUCGUUGACUGGGCCCAUUCUGGAUGGUAUCCUGAUUAUUGGGAAUAUUGCAAAGCAGCAUAUACUUGUUCGUUUGAUGGAGAAUGGCGUAAUAGAUGGAUCCCAAUAUUUUUAGAACCACGGCCUGAGGUGCAUGAGAUCUUUGCAGAAUAUACACGGGCGCUGGGAGCUGUAUGAAAAUUAUAUCAUAUUCUGGUUAUAAAUAUUGGUCAGGCAUA